GCUUAGGUUUUCAAGCCUCGGCCUCGCACCCGAACCGGAGUGCUGUUCCACUGCUCGUUGAAAUUUCGCUCUAUUUCGAUCACAUUUAUCUUUCCGCGACCCCCACCUUCUUUUGCUCUUUCCGUCUUCCAGCUCUCGAUACGCCCAUUUCUACAACCGAUCAAAACCCUAAUUUUGCGAAUCGAAGAGAUUUACGAAAUAAAUUUCAAGCUUCAACGGAGGCUUCUCUGUAAGUGCAUGCCACGCUUUCUCUGUCUGGAAACCCUAUUUUGAUCUCUCCAACCACCAUAUCUUGUUAUAGUCCAAAUCCACCCCAGGGUUAUGGGCUUCUAGGGCUGGGCAGUUUGGUCACAGCUCGUACCAUUGUAUUGCAUUGUUUGUGUGGUUCAAUCGCUGGUUCUGAGUUGUAAUUACGGUGUUGCGCUUUUGAUCUUCCUGAAGUUGUUCUUGUAUGCGUGCUUUUAUCAGCGUUUGCGAUUUGGUGUUCCAUUGGGUCACGGAGACAGCUCAGAGAAAGGGUGCAGAAUGAAACUUGAAGCAUUUGCUUUAAAAGUGAAAUCCCCUUCAGCUAUGCCAAAGUAGUUGCACGACAGCGCGAGGCUCGGCUGAUUGAUGCAUUAAGCUUUGAUGGUGGGGAACGUGGCUGAGGGUGACAUUUAAUGUAUAGAAUCAAGGUAGGCCUCUUUUUUCCUCAAAAGAUAAGUGGCUGAAAAUUUUUUGGGCUUGAUUAUCUAUGCCUGGCAACGAAGUUGGAGAUAGGAUCCACAAUUUCUUUGACCAAGAGAACUUGUCCCAGGGCCAGCAUCAUUCGCAGGUUGUAGAAGGCAAUUGGCCAGUUUUAAGUAAUAAUCUGUGGGUUGGAAACCAGAGGCAGGUUGGUGCACCCUUGAGUUCUUAUCCAAAGAAUUACAUAUUUCAACAAUCAGAUUCUGAAAGAGGUCAUGAUAAUCAGUCUGUCCGAGGGUCACAUGGCUUGAACUAUUCACAAUUAACUGUGAGACCUGAGUUCUCCAGAAGUCAAUCACAAAACCAGCAGCCAAAUUUGAAUGGCUUUAUGCAUGGUCAUCAAGUACUCCAGACAAGGCAGAAUGAAGGAAACUUUCUGGGAGUGGAUACAGAAUCUGAUCGGCAUUAUCUAACAUCAAGAGGCAUGUUGAUGCUUGAAUCACAGCAAGGAAAUGGUCCUGACCAUAAUAAGAAAAAUUCUAGGUUGGAAAAUUCUGAAUCUCCUGUUAAUUUUGAUUUUCUUGGUGGUCAACCGCAAAUGAGUGGCCAGCAACCAAACAUGUUGCAAAUGCCUAGGCAGCAGUCUGGGUUUAGUGAUAUUCAGCUCUUACAACAACAAGUCGUAUUCAAGCAAAUGCAGGAAUUUCAUAGACAACAACAGCUUCAGCAAUUAGAAGCAAGGCAACAGAAUAGUCAACUGUCUUCCAUUACAAAACAGGCGACUGGCAAGUUGGUAAAUGGCGCUCCUGUCCAUGAUGCAUCUAAUUACCCAUGGUCCCCUGAGGUUAUUGCUGGUAAUUCAAAUUGGAUACAGCGUGGUGCAUCUCCAGCUAUGCAGGGAUCCUCUAGUGGACUUGUGUUUUCGACAGAGCAAAGCCAAGCACAGCGAUUUAUGGGUUUGGUUUCUCAACAGGUUGAUCAUCAAUCUCUAUAUGGUGUUCCUAUCUCUAGCACAAGAGGUGCUUCUAGUCAAUAUUCUCACAUGCAAAUAGAUAAACCUCCAAUGCAGCAAAUAUCAACCUGUGGUAAUUCCUUUCCAGGUAAUCAAUUUGCUGUAUUUCAAAAUCAGCUUAACAUGCAGGAUGGUGCCGUGGUCUCCAGACAGGGCUGUCAAGGGAAAAAUUUCUUUGAAAAUGCUCUUGUUCAGGGAUUAAAUACUGGGGUAAUGUUGGAUAGUUCCCUGCAAGGGGGGGCCCAUGAAAGCAAUGCGCCAGCGCAGGAAUUUCAUGGGAGGCAAGGGCUAGCUAAUCCGUCAGAAAUAUCACAAGCGAAAACAGUGAUGCAAGUGGCUUCUUCACAGAGUCUGCCAACUUUAGAUCCAACUGAACAAAAGAUUUUGUUUGGUACGGAUGAUAAUACAUGGGAUGCUUUCGGCAGGAACGCCAAUAAUAUGCUGAAUGGUACAGAUCUUUUUAAUACUUUUACUACUGUCCAAAGUGGGACUUGGAGUGCUCUGAUGCAGUCUGCAGUGGCAGAAUCUGCCAGUAGUGACAUGAGUUUGCAGGAAGAGUGGACCGGUCCUAAUUUUCAAAAUGCUGAACCUCCCAUGGACAAUCAUCAACCUUUGGCAUUCAAUGAUAGGGGAAAACAACAAACAAUUUGGGCUGAAAAAAACUUGCAGACAGCCUCUUCAAUGGGGUCUAGACCUCUGUCUGAUGAUGCCAAUAAAAGUACUAAUCUGGCUAGUGUGCAAAAAGAUCAGCAAUCAGGGCCCAAAUUUUCACAUGAACAAGGGGAGAAAUUGCAGGCUAGUACUUCUCACGGAUCCUUUCAUCAGUCUUCAGAAGUAGGUGGCAAGUGGUCGGAUCACAGCCCUUUGCAAAAGCCGCUUGCCGAAGCAAGUCAGACAUUUGGAAAUGCUAUUCAAUCUUCAGAUGCAGACUUAAAUGCAAAGAGCAUGUCGAGUCCAUGGACACAUCAACAAGGCAUAUCCCCGUAUAAAUCCAGUGGCCAAUUGUGCAACAAAUCGAAUGGGUGGAAUUUUAUUGAGUCUGUAUUACCCAGUUCGGAUGCUGCAUUGAAAAUUCAGGAGAAUGUGAACUUGUUGCAACAUCAGCGUAAUGAUCAGAAGAGAGUUGGGCAUGAGGAGAUGGGUUGUACCAGUCGUAUAUGGAGAGCUGAUUCUGUUUCUAAUUCAAAUGUUGAAUUGGAACAUGUAAAUUCAUCCAUGGAGAAUCCACAAAUCAACAGAGAAGAUUCUAGCUUGAAUAAUGUUGCUGCAGUACCAGACUCAUGCACUUCACAGGUUAACCAGGAAACCAACCAACAUCGUCCAAAUAGUCAUCACCUUGAUAGCUGGAGGAAUGUUGAUUCUUCUGUGAAAUGCAGAGGCAAUGAGGAUUUAGGGAAAUGCCAACAUCAUCUGAACAGGAGUCUGCAAGUUUUGGGUUCAUCAUCAGACAAAGGGUCUGUUGAAAUGCAUGAAGUGGAUGAAAACUAUGAUAAAAAAGAGAACUCUAGUGACAGUUAUCGCUCUAACUUAUCCCACCAUACCAAUACCAGUGGUACGAGGGAAAAUGUUUGGUUAGAUGCCAAUGAUUCACAUUGUUUGCCUGGAGGAAAACAAAAGUCAUCUGGUCAUUGUCGGAAAAAUUCUGGUGCUCGAAAAUUUCAAUACCAUCCUAUGGGGAAUUUGGAUAUGGAUGUCGAACUUUCUUAUGGAGCAAAACUUACUACCCAUUCACAGGCCUUUCCCCAGCAAGUCUCCCGAGGAUCAAAGAGUCUUGAUCAAGGGUAUUUUGGGCAGUCACAAUUUGUAGGUCAUGUUCCCAAAAAUUCUAUGGAAAAGGAAAAGGGGCAAUUACCAGAUUUUCAAAGAGAUAUGAAGGGAUUAGAUGAGGUACCUUCCAGAGGUAUACUCACAGGUUGUGCACCUAACACUUCUGCUUCCUUUGACAGAGCUGUUGGUAUUUACACUCCAAGCAGAAUUGCUCACUCAAGUCAAAAUAUGCUCGAUCUUCUUCAAAAGGUGGAUCAGUCGAGGGAGUGUGGCAAUGUUGCACACUUCAGCAAUCAGUCAUCUGAGAUGCCAGAUGCAGAAAGUUCUGAUGGAUCCAUUGGUCACCUUCAGCGGAAUCUGUCUUCAACAUCCCAAGGUUUUGGUUUACAACUUGGCCCUCCAUCUCAACGGUUGACCAUUCCAAACCAUGCCCCGUCUUCUCAAACCUCUGCAUGUGCAGUUAAUUCUCUCAGCUCGAAUCAAGCCUCUCCUGACCUGGGAGUUUUGGGUCAUACAUGGUUGACUUCCGCAGCUUCUGUUCAGACUUUGCCUCCUCCUGAAGCAUCCCAAGGAGAACUUGGAAAUAGACAAAUGCAGGGAAAUUUUGCGGCAGCUAAUGUAUCUGGCUUUCCUUAUUCGAGAAGUCAGCUUCAAAAUCAACACAACAUUGUUGGAAAUGAACUGAUGAAGACAAAUCAGUCUGUAAAUGUAUCAUUUGAAGGGAUUGUUUCUGGUUUUAAACAGAGAGAUGACUCCCAUGAUAGAGCUUUAUCUGGUCAAUCUGCAUCAGCAUCAUUGCCUGCACUGAUUAGCAGUUCUGUUGCUGAACUUGGUGAGCCAAGUAGUAACAACCAAGCCCAUGUUGAAGUUUCAGGCCAACAGAACCCUGUGCUGGAGGCUGGUCCAGUAUCUCAGCCUUCUAUUACAUCUGGAGUUUCUCAACGAGGGGCUGCUUCAGCAAUGCUACCUAAUGCAUGGAAGAGUGUUUCAUCCCAGCAACAAUUAUUGGGCGUCCAAUCUCUCAAGGAUCCAUCCAAUAUGUUUCCAUCCCAUAUUCAGUCAGACCAUAAUUCAGAAAUGAAUUUUAGCACAAAGAAGCUUGAUGAUGAAGAUACUUGUAGAGGACAGAAUGGUCCGUCUGAGCCUGGUGCGUUUUCCAUGAACUCACGAAGGAUUGUUCACAGGGAAGAGAAACCAUCAAAAGAAAGCACCUGGAAGCAAGUGUCAUCUGAAAACAUUGACUUAACUCAUAGGACAAUGAGUGCAUCACAAGUGAAGGAGUCUGUUAAGCAUUUCCCUGAUGCUUUUCAUACAAACCCUGCUACUACUACCCAAAGAGAUAUUGAAGCCUUCGGCCGUUCUUUGAAACCAAACAACAUUCUGCAUCAAAAUUACUCUUUACUGCAUCAAGUCCAAGCCAUGAAGGGUAUGGAGGUUGAUCCAAGUAAUAGGGGCUUGAAGAGAUUUAAAGGACAAGAGGUUGGUCCUGAAGCUCCACAGGUUGCUUCUAAGGUAGGACAGCAGUUGUUGUAUGGAUAUGAUGCUGGGAUUGCAGAUGCAUCAGGUAAUCGUUCCCCAGUUCCAUCCGGAGACUCAAAAAUGCUCAGCUUUUCAUCAGAGCCAGGGGAUAAUCAGGAUAAAACUGCAUCUUCUCAACAUGUACUUGGAACCAUUCAUUCUCGAGAUGUGCUAGCCUUUGCUAGGACUGAUUCUCAAAAUCACUCUAGCAAUAAUAAUACGACUGUUAGAACUGAGCUUUCUCAGAUUAGUCCCCAGAUGGCACCAUCCUGGUUUGAUCAGUAUGGAACCUUUAAAAAUAGGCAAAUAUUGCCAACGUAUGAUGUGCAUGGAAAUGUUAAUGUGAAAAAUGUGGAGGAGCAAUUGAAUGUUGGGAAAUCUUCUGUUGGCGUGCACACACAUAAUUCAAUGGAGCCUUUAAGUGGCACUGCUGAUACCAGUCUGGCGAGUAGCAUCCAGCAAAAGUCAACUCCCAUACCCGUGGGUACUGAGCAUUUCUCUUUCUCUCCUUCAGUUCCCCAACAUAUUGCUGAUCAAAGUUUGGUUGUCAUGCGACCAAAGAAGCGUAAAAGUACUACAUCUGGAUUUACUGCAUGGCAUAAAGAAGUCAUGCAGGGUUCUCAGAGGCUUCAUGAUAUGAGCAUAGCAGAAACAGACUGGGCCCAAGCCACAAAUAGACUGAAGGAGAAGAUGGAGGAUGAACCUGAAGUGACUGAAGAUGGACCACCAAUGCUUAGACCUAAAAGAAGGCUUGUCUUGACAACCCAGCUUAUGCAGCAGUUGCUUCGUCCUCCAUUGGCAUCAGUUUUCUCUGUAGAUGCCAGUUCAAACUAUGAGAGUGUGGUAUACUUUGUUUCCAGAUUAGCAUUAGGUGAUGCAUGUGGCCUUACCUCCUGCUCUACAACUAAUAUUCCCAUGUCUCUCACCAGCGCAAACCUCAUCACUGAGAAGUUGAAAACAUCUGAGAGAAUUGGUGAUCAGUACUUCUCCCAAGUUAUGGAAGACUUGAUUGGCAGAUCUAGGAAGCUGGAAAAAGAUUUGUUGGGACUGGACAAGAGAGCCUCAAUGCUAGAUUUAAGACUUGAAUGCCAGGAUCUAGAGAAGUUCUCUAUCAUCAAUCGUUUUGCCAAGUUCCAUGGCCGGGGGCAAGCCGACGGGGCUGAGACUUCAUUUUCUGAUGCAACUGCUAAUUCUCAGAAAUCCUGUCUGCAGAGAUACGUUACUGCACUUCCAAUGCCUAGGAAUCUACCUGACAGGAAACUGUUCACGUCUGAAUUUCUGCCAGAUUUGUACAACCUUUUUGAGGUAACGGACUUUCACCGUGAAUUAUAAGCUGGUUUUGAUGCAUGGCAUGAGUCAGAGAUGCCAUAGAAUUUAAGUGAACUGCGGAAGAUGAAGAUGGUAUUUGUAACCUACCAGUCGUCCUUGGUUCCUCCUAAAAUGGGGUGUGAAAUGUGAAUGCAUAAAAAUUGUAAAUUGGAUUCCCAAGGGUUUGAAACAUGUUCAGUAGUGGGGGGCUUUGGUUCCAGGAGCAUUAUCAAGAUUUUCAAAGGAAAACCUUUUCCUUGUUUUGUCAUCAAGCAAAGCCAUAAAGAAAUAAAUUUUUUUAGCAAA